CGAUGGCCAUAAGUUACUUCUGGUGAGUGGGGAGUCGAGGCUUGUGAUUGAGGGAAAGAGAAAGAUGAAGUUACUAGAAUUUCCUUGCUGCCGUCGUACUUGCCCUCCGGAGGAGGAGGAGAAGCUAACGCCGGCGGCGAAGAGGGCCUCGCUCGACAAGCGACGUCGGAGGGAGCGUCGCGGAUUGGCAUCGCUUUGGCGACCGUCGCUGAUGGCGAUAUCGGAGAACGUGACCUCGGCGGCGACGGCCAAAGGCGCCGGAGGAUGGAAGGGGAAGGGGAAGGCGAAGGCGAAGACGAAGGUGAAACCGGUGGCGUUUCGCGCCGCCGAUUGCGAAGAUCACCGGCCCCGUGAAGUUGUGCCAGCCUUCGCGCCGACGGCCUUCUUAUUCUAAACUGGGAUC